UGUAAACAAAAGUGAAAUUUUGGAAACUGCGUUCUUGCAAAAGAAUAGACAUUUUGCUUGCAUAAAACAGGCAAUAAUGCAAUUGGCAAUAUAAUUAUUAAAAUUUAGAUGCCUGGCAAUUUUACCGUUACAAGAGCAAACAUUUAAUUUUAAAUCAGGACGGGAAAACAGCCAAAAACAUGGACUGCGCACCUCUGAACUUGGCUCAUUUCCACGAGCGAAGGUCGGAGCGAUUUAUACGCAAUCACCGCUAUGAAGAGGCCAUUAAAGCGCUGGAAACAUCCCUAAUCUACAUGCAGGAUGCCCAAAAACGGGUGGCUCUGCCCAAAUCCAAGGAAGUUCUGGACACAUUGACCCUCGAUUUUCAGCGCAAACUGCGUCAAAUUGAGAUGCGAAAGACCCAGCACGGUCUGAACAAGCUGAAGGACUAUGCUCCCUUGAAGGAAACCAGUCUCAUGCUGCCCCUGCGACCAGAAGCCGGAGCCAGUGGAGGAGCUGGAGGAUCCGCUCAGUCGAUGGCCAAGGCAAUCGACAAAACAGUGCAGGACUUCGAUGCCAAGUUCACCUCCUCCUUGGUGGCAAAGGUCUCUAGCACACUGGCCCAUUCGGAGCCCCAAAUGGAGACGCUGAAGAAGAGCGAUUCUGCACAUGAGGAGCAGGAACACGAUACCUACGAUCAGCGACUGGGCGGCAGUGGGGACCUGGACCUGCCCUCCUUGGCGCCCUUGGAGUUGCCCUCCUUCGACUACAGCCUGUUCACCAGCUCCUCGGCUCCUUCGCUGGCCAGCUAUGCCGGCAUGGCUGAGAGCUUCCAGAAAUAGGCCUAGUUAAGAUCCAUUUGUACAACUUCAAUUCAUUUGAGAGAUCUCGUGGUGGAUCUGGCAGUGCCCGCUGAGUCGUGAUUAGAAUUUAAUUUUAGGCACGUUCUUUAUUUCAGCGUUUUGUGCAGUUCCCUUGUGAAGCGUAUAAAAAAAAACAAAUGAAAUUAGGUUAAUUCACAUUAUAUUGUGCAAUAAUACUUUGAUAUACAUAAACCGAAGCGUUAAAUUUAAAAAAAAUGAGCACUUCUACUUUAAAUAUAAUAAUAAAACAGCACAUAACUUUGUGUAUUACAA